ACGUGCGGCACGUGCCGCACGUGUAGCCAGACUCGCGAUCAGCUGGCGCGCGUCAACGCGUCAAUUUGCAUGUUUACCUCGCGUUCAUUUUCACCGCUGCGGAGGGAAUAACGCUCGUGCGUCGUUGCACCCUCGACAGCGGGACGUCGAGCAUCCAGAAAUUCCGGCGAAUAUUGAAUCGCAAGCGGAAUUGCGUUCGCGACCGUCGCCGCUGGGAUCUAACCUGAAAACAUGGUUCGCUUCAAAAACAGAUAUAUCGUUUUCACGAUAAAGCCACAUGGUGAGAAGGAUGACAAGCAGGCGACGUGGAAGAAUACGCAUGUGUCUAACGCGAUUAAACGGAAGGUGCAACAAUUAUAUGGUGAUGUAGGAGUCGCGGCGAUAAGGGAUGGCUUUGACGCAAAAUAUUGCAACGUGCAAACGAAAAUAGCGAUAGUAAGGCUCAGGCAUGGACCUCACAAAUUCGCACUGCAUGCUAUUCCGCUGAUAAACAACGUAGGCGAGCGACUAGUCGAAACGAGGAUCCUGUAUGUAGGAGCGACCUUGAAACAAUGUUUUCUCUUUAUCAGAAAACAUCAGGAGAGGAAGCUGGAGCAAUUGUGGUCGAAAUUGCCAACGGAAGCCGAGAGGAAGCGGAUGGAGACACUCCUGAUGACUCUGACGCCCGCCAUGAAGGAUCUCAAGUAAAUAGUCAUCGUUAUAACGGAUCGUAAUUAUAUAAUUGUUUUUGUUUUAAGUUUACAAAUAAAGAGGCAAUUUUUUAAUAACUCGUGAAA